UCUGUGACGUGUUUUCACCUUUAACCUUUUGGCUCGCCGGUUGAGUCGCUCUUCUGAGUUGUGGCGGAAUUUUCGUUUCUCUCAAGCUGUCCUAUUUCCUUUUCGAGACCAACCUCACCAAGGUUUAACCCGUCUUAAGAUUUCUGUUCUACACGACACCUCCCUGAGUGACUUUUAAGGAUGUCCGCACCGAAGAAAGUAGCGAUUAUUGGAUCUGGAAACUGGGGUUCUGCUAUUGGGAAGAUAAUCGGCAAGAAUGCAGCCAGACUGGACCAGUUUGAGACGCAGGUGAACAUGUGGGUGUUUGAGGAGAUGAUCGACGGCAGGAAACUGACAGAAAUCAUCAACACAGACCACGAGAACGUCAAGUACCUUCCUGGACACAAACUUCCCGAGAACAUUGUUGCGAUCCCUGAUGUAGUGGAGGCCUGUAUGUCUGCAGACAUCCAUGUGUGGGUCCUACCACAUCAGUUUGUCAGGGGGGUGUGUCAAAAACUGAAGGGAAACAUCAAACCUGAUGCCAUUGCUCUGUCUCUCAUCAAGGGCCUGGAUGAGAGUCAGGCUGGCGUGGACCUCAUCUCAAAUGUGAUUAACAAGGAGCUGGGGACGGAGGUCAACGUCCUGAUGGGAGCUAAUCUGGCUAAGGAAGUCGCUAACGGACACUUCUGUGAAACCACAAUAGGCUGCAGGAACGAAGUGAAUGGCCUGAUGUUGAAGGAGUUAGUCCAGGCAGAUUACUUCAGGGUGGUGGUCGUGGAGGACGCUACCACUGUGGAGAUCUGCGGGGCCCUCAAGAACAUCGUGGCGACAGGAGCAGGGUUUGUGGAUGGGCUGGGUAUGGGAGACAACACCAAGGCAGCGGUCAUCCGGCUGGGCCUCAUGGAGAUGGUCAAGUUCACCGAAACUUUCUACCAGGGCUCCCAGACGUCCACGUUCCUAGAGAGUUGUGGGAUUGCUGACCUGGUGACAACAUGUUAUGGAGGGAGGAACCGCAGGGUGGCUGAAGCCUUCGUAACCAGUGGAAAGACAAUAGAUGAGCUAGAGCAGGAGAUGUUGAAUGGACAGAAGAUCCAGGGACCCCCCACAGCUAAGGAGGUGUACCAUCUUCUUAAGGAAAAGAACUGUGAAGAUCAGUUUCCUCUGUUUGUGGCCAUUCACAAGAUCUGCUAUGAAGGGAUGCCCGUUAAAGACUUCAUCUCCUGCCUGAAGAACCAUCCUGAACACAUGUAAACAGGCACCAACUAUUGGACACAGUGGACGAGGUGCCCACAGCUUGUACAGGGUGUUUUUUUAGCACAACAACAAACAACAAGCAAAUAAACAACAACAACAAAGCGUGUUGAGAACAGCAAAUGCAAAAGUUAAACGAUGAACACACAUCGAUCUUUACCAACUGGUCGUUCCAUCUGUCUGGUCUUGAAGUGUAUUAA